GUAUCAUAUCCUAGUAUUAUACGUACGAUACCUAUGUAAGACACAUAAGGUACGAUACCUUCCCAACCCUGGUGAUGGCCUGAAUUUGCGUGGCUACGCAUUUUUUUUCGUGAAGUGAACGUACUGGCACAUUGUGGCACAAGUAGAACUAGUAGAAGCAAGUGAAGAAACUUCAAUAAUUUUUUAGAUUAUUUUCAUAAUUUAACGUGACAUUUAUCGAACGAUUAACAACGAUCAAGGAGUUUUUUUAGUUUCAGAAUGUGCAGUUUUCGUCUACUCGAAAUAAUGGAUUCAGCUAUUACAACAAUCAUUGAAGUGAUGGAGAAGCCAGUAUCAUCGGACAUAGUCAUCAUCUCGGGUAAUUCUCAUUCAGAACUCGCCAAUUUAAUUGCCAAUCGCCUGGGCGUAAAACCUGGUGGAUGUGCAGUCUACCAUAAGUCAAAUCGUGAGACAAUGGUAGAGAUAGGAGAUUCUGUGCGUGGCAAGGAUCUGUAUAUAAUCCAAACUGGCACAAAAGAUGUGAACAAUAACAUAAUGGAGCUUCUCAUCAUGGCUUAUGCAUGCAAGACAUCAUCGGCCAAAAACAUUGUUGGAGUAAUUCCAUAUCUACCCUAUUCCAAGCAAUGUAAAAUGCGCAAACGCGGUUGCAUAGUAUCUAAACUUUUGGCAAAGAUGUUGUGCACAAGUGGUCUAACUCAUAUUAUCACAAUGGAUCUUCACCAGAAAGAAAUCCAAGGAUUUUUUGAUGUUCCUGUGGAUAAUUUGAGAGCUAGUCCAUUCCUUCUACAGUAUAUUCAAGAAUCCAUUCCUGACUAUCAUAAUUCUGUGAUCGUUGCAAGAAAUCCAGGUAGUGCAAAGAAAGCAACUAGCUAUGCUGAAAGGCUGCGCUUGGGAAUUGCUGUGAUACACGGAGAACAGAGAGAGGCUGAAUCCGACAUGAACGAUGGUCGCUAUUCGCCACCCGCGUUAGCGCUGGCCGCGCGUACGAUGGAGGUCGGCGUGGGUGUGCCUUUGCAUCCAGCAAAGGAAAAGCCGCCUAUAAGUGUUGUCGGGGAUGUUGGAGGACGUAUUGCUAUUAUGGUGGACGAUAUGAUAGACGAUGUACAAUCAUAUGUAGCAGCUGCCGAGGUACUUAAAGAGAGAGGAGCUUAUAAAAUAUAUGUCUUAGCUACGCAUGGAUUACUCAGCUCAGAUGCGCCUAGACUCAUCGAGGAAUCUCCGAUCGACGAGGUUGUUGUAACCAACACGAUUCCUCACGAUGUACAAAAAAUGCAAUGUCCGAAAAUCAAGACUGUCGACAUCAGUAUUCUCUUAGCGGAAGCAAUUCGGCGUAUACACAAUAAAGAAUCGAUGUCGUAUCUGUUUAAGAAUGUAACUUUAGAGGAUUAGGAACUAGACGAUUGAAAGAUGUGAAAAGCUACAAUUUUAAUUACGAAUAAACGAUGAUUGAAAGUUACACAGGAUUCAAUACCGGGGACCAUUUGUCCAGAAUACAUAUCUGUCUUUUAAUUUUCUAUACUAUUUUUAUAUUUCGCCAAUGAAAUGACAGUGAACGUACAUAAACUCUCUUGCGUUCAUCAGUAAAGAUAAUCAGCUGAAUUGUCUUGAAUGUAUAUUUUUUGUUUUGUAGUACAUAUUUUUCUCUAUAGUAUAUAUUAGAUUAUACUAGUCUAGUAUAUUACUAGCAGCCAAUUAUAAGUGUACGAAAUAUUCGAAUACGAGAUAUAGUCAUUGCAUAGUAAACUCUGUACAAUUUUAAAACUCUGUAAAGUCAUAGAUAUAUAUGUUUAUAUUAAUUCUGUGUUUACCAGUGAUCUAGUGCUAGUUUUAUUGUAUUGAUUAAAAAUGUAUUUUAGAUUGAAACACAAUAAAUAUAUUUCAAAAUAUAAA